UGCUCACAACAAAGGACAGCGCACCGCAGAGAGCCUGUCAGUUGAAAUAAAGCACAGUGGAUAUUUAUCUUUACGGUGAAUAUUUCUAACUCAUAGCUGCAGAGAGAAGGGGGAACACACAUCACAAACCCUCUUUUGCUUUCCCUUUUUUUAAAUGAGAGUCACGGUUUUGUUUGUCUUUUUUUUUUUUUUGGUAAACCAGCCUUGAAGGGAGAAAUUAAAAAUCCUUUUUGUGUGUGUGUGCCGGUUGAACGUUAGCUAGCCUGCUAGCCUCAGCAAGUUGGGAAAGCCAGACAGCAGCUGUGUGGAGAAGCUACACCGGAGACGUUGGGAAGAAAUAAUCGACAUUUACAUCGCAGGCAGGACAAUCGGCGCCGCGAGAGACGGACACAUGAAGCAUGAGAGGCUGGAGCUGAGGCUCAGCUGACCCUUCCCCUUCCUCCUCUUCCUUUCCCCCCCGUGCGCCAUUCGAUCAGCACCUCCCCCCCUCCCUUACCCUCCUUUCCCCUUCCUGUCUCCCUCACCCUGUUGGAUCUCACCCAUCUUGUCUCCCCUCCUCCUCCAAACCUCAAUCAGCCGUGCCCAAUGUACUCCCCGGAGCAGGAAAACAUCUCCACCACCGCCUCCACCAAAGUGCCAGUGAAGUAUGGAGAGCUCAUUGUGCUGGGGUACAAUGGCUCUCUGCCCAACGGAGACCGAGGCAGACGUAAAAGCCGUUUUGCACUUUGUAAGAGACCGAAAGCAAACGGGGUGAAACCCAGCACAGUUCACGUCGCCUGCUCUCCACAGGCAGCCAAGGCCAUAAGCAACAAAGACCAGCACAGCAUCUCGUACACUUUGUCUCGAGCCCAGACGGUGGUGGUGGAGUACACUCAUGACAGCAAUACAGACAUGUUCCAGAUCGGUCGAUCGACGGAGAGCCCCAUAGACUUCGUAGUGACGGACACGGUGGCGGGCAGCCAGAGUAACGCAGACACCCAGUCAGUCCAAAGCACCAUCUCCCGUUUUGCCUGCCGCAUCAUGUGCCAGCGCACGCCGCCUUACACCGCACGCAUCUACGCCGCAGGCUUCGACUCCUCCAAGAACAUCUUCCUCGGGGAGAAGGCCGCCAAGUGGAAGACAUCGGACGGACAAAUGGACGGGCUGACCACCAACGGCGUGCUGGUGAUGCACCCUCGUAACGGCUUCACCCAGGACUCCAAGCCGGGCGUCUGGAGGGAGAUCUCAGUCUGCGGCAACGUCUUCACCCUGCGGGAAACCCGCUCGGCGCAGCAGCGGGGAAAGAUGGUGGAGACUGAGAGCCAGGAGCUGGUCGACGGCUCUCUCAUCGACCUUUGCGGUGCGACCCUUCUGUGGCGCACUGCUGAAGGCCUGUCACGCACCCCCACCCUCAAGCACCUGGAGGCGCUGCGGCAGGAGAUCAACGCGGCCCGGCCGCAGUGUCCUGUGGGUUUCAACACGCUGGCCUUCCCCUCCAUGCGUCGCAAGGACACGCCGGACGAGAAGCAGCCUUGGGUCUACCUCCAGUGUGGCCACGUGCACGGCUACCACAACUGGGGCAACCACCGCGAGGAGAGGGAGGGCCGGGAGGGCCGGCACAGGGAGUGCCCCAUGUGCCGAGCUAAAGGGCCGUACGUGCCGCUUUGGCUGGGCUGCGAGGCGGGGUUUUACGUGGACGCCGCCCCACCCACUCACGCCUUUAACCCCUGCGGCCAUGUUUGCUCAGACAAGACGGCGGCCUUCUGGAGUCAGAUCCCGCUGCCCCACGGCACGCACACCUUCCACGCCGCCUGCCCGUUCUGUGCCCAACAGCUGACUGGCGAGCAGGGCUUCGUCAGACUCAUCUUCCAGGGACCCCUCGACUAGCGGGGGCGGCUUCCCAGCAUCCUUUGGGUGAGGCAGCGUGGGGAGUUUUUUUGUUUGGACGCUGACCCUGAUCUGCUACCCAGAUUUGUUUUCUUUCCUCUGCAGUUGGAAUAUGAACUUUUUUCUGGACUUUUUGUCUCUUUCUCAUUUUUAAGUGACCUUUGUAUUGCUUUUUCAUGAAUGACAACAAAGAUUUCUAUAUUUUCAUGUGAAACCAGAGACACAAAAACCAAACAAAGAACACUGCUGGGUAAAAGUUUUGUGUUUGUUUCUCAAAAGAACUUUCAACAACAGUAUUUAUCUAAAUUACUAACAUACCGUAGUGCAAAUAUACGGUUUUUAUUCAUGUUUAUUGUUGCAAUAUACAUCUGUGUACAUCUCUUAGAGCUAAUUUAAACAAAGAUGUUUAUUUAUGGCCCAGAAACCAUUGCUUCAUCCUUUAUCUGUCAGAUAUGCCGAUCUUCAAUACUAUUUAGCAUUUUUAAGUUGAAAACACAGUAUAUUGUUGAUCAGAUAUAAAGUUCUAGGUGUGUCCUGAGGGUUUCGUUCUGUGUCUUUCCCCACGUUCACCUCUCAGAUCCGUUUGUCGUAUUUAUACACCCCGUCCUCUGGCGUGCUCUCACUUCGUGUAACGUGUGUUAACCCUUCAGUUGUCCUUCUCUCUCAUUAGGCGUCACCAUGGCCUUUUUUUCACAUUCAAAGCAAUAGAUUUGGAAUGGGAAACCUCCUAAAGCAUUAUGGGAAACUGAGUCUUUGCGGGCGUCUGUGUUAAGCCUGAAUGACCGUUUUCCUCCCUUUAAAGUCCGAGUGAAACCUUUCUGUGGGUGAGUGAAUCUGAUCACAGGUUAGCCAUGAUAUGUAGCUAAUGUCACACGUCAUGCAGACACACACACACACACACACACACACACACACACACAUAAACUACAGACCUGGUCAAAUACUUUAGUGGAAGUAGAGAGCAACUGUCAGCACAGAAACUCGUGGUACAAAAACAAGAAUAUGAAUGAAAAUGUCAGCAGAGCGGUGUGGACAGUGUCUGGUUUAUUUUUGCUGUGAUGUUUGGGGCUCAAGUGCACAGUCACAGUCAGAUUAAUGGUCAACAUUUUGCCAGAUACAGUAUUCUGAUCAGUAUUAAUCUUUGCAUUAAGCUAAAAGCUCAGUUAUGCUCCACUUUUCUUGUAACAACGUUUUUUAGCUACCACAGACAUUUUAAAUGAAGUGAAUGACUUUUGCCAGUAUUGUGGUAAUCUAUGAGUGACUGUGUGUCCUACUGGAGGCUGAAAACAACACAGCACAGAUCCUCUUUACCAUUUCAGGCAUGUGAUUUGCCAUAAUUACAUGGAUGCAAACGAGAAGUUGAAACAGUAGAAGGCAUUUCGGUUUGCUUCUCUUCUUCUUCUUCUUCUUCUUCUAUUACUUUAAUUCUUAUCAUGCAAGAAGCUCCGUCCAUCUGAUAAACAAGACAAAAGACAACUGUAGCCGUUUGACUCAGGUUUGAUGCUCACAAACACAUGCAUGGCUUCAUUUCUUUAAUCCAAGCUGCAAAAUCCUCUUUAUGGAUGUGUGUGUGUGUGUGUGUGUGAAUUUAUCAGGGCUUCAUAUUAAUUUGUGCUUUUCAAACAGUACUAAGGAGAUCCUCAUGGAGUAUUUUAGGGGCGACGAAUGUGCUCUACAGUGUGUGUACAAAAUAUCAAGGCUGCCUGUUCUUCUGUGAAAACUCUGAUGAUAACUCAUAUAUUUAUAUAUUCUAAUAACUAAUAACACACUGGCUGAAUGAUUCAUUGCUUUUGUAUCAAAAUUGCAAUUUGAAAGAGGAUGAUCUCACCAGCUGUCCACUGUGGCCGACAGAUCGAUUAGUGGUAAUGUUCGGUACAAGCCUAUCUUAUUUAAAACUAUGAACCAGACCACAAAUAAAGACCUGGAGUUCAAUUAACAUUUCAUUUUGUGAGGUGGCCAAAUAACCAAAAGAAACCAUUCUCUGCUGUCGGGUUUAAUACGGUCUGUGCACACAUUGGCUGCUUAUUUAUUUCCUCCUAACCAGUCUGUCUGAGAAAAGUCAACUUUUAUGUGAACUUGGUUGAUUUUCUGAAGAAAAAUCGACCAGUUUUUCCCACCUUAAUGCUAAAUUAUUAGUUGUUUUUAUAUCAAAAUAGCCAUUAGAAAGAGAGCAAUCAUUUUAUCACAAGAGAGGGGAUUUUAUUUAUUUAUUUUUAUAUAUUUGGGGGCAUUUUAUGCCUUGUAUUUGAAAGCGAAAUGACAAGAAAUGAGGGGAGAGAUUGAUUAGGAAUGACAUUCAACGAAGGAUCCCGACCAAAUGUAAUACAGAGACGCUACAGUUCAGUUCUUCACCUGAACCCACCAGGGAUUACCUGCUGAUGACUUUAAUUAUAAGUUGAUUAUGAUUAUGUCACAUUUCACCAGCUAUAAUGAAACCUGUCAAUAAAUUUACUCAGCUGUAGUUCAUUAACAUCGGAGGACUUAAGUAACAAGCAACUGCAUGAUUUCAUCUGUUUCUGCGAAUAUAAAAAAAACAAGACACAUUUGUGAUAAAGGUUGGUACGAGCGUGUCUCAUGUAAAACUAUGUAAACCACAAAUAAAUACCUUGAAGUUUAUUUAUAGAAAACGAUCGCAAUAUAAAUCUUAAUCACAAUAUUGGUCUGAAAUUUUAUAUUUUCCUCAAAUCAUUCAGCCACGACUGUCCUCUCUUUAAAAUCCACGUCUACAGUCAGACAGAGAAGAGACAAAAACAAACAUGGCAUAUUUAUUUUUGUGAUCAAUUUUGUAUUGAUUUACAAAAAGCAAAGAAAGGACGACCCCCCCCCCCCGCCCUCACUAAUAUCAGCCACAACAUCUCAGAAUGAUGACAUCGAUACUGUGAACGUCACAGCGAUCGAACUUACUUAAUGUCUAACAGCACUUCUUAAAAAAAAUACAAAAAAUUAGACUUGACAUGCUGAAGAAAACAGAAACAAACAAGAAAUAAUUAAAAUAAUGAAUUUUGUAAGCCAGCCUGUACCAGAAGCCCUUAUAAUGCUCAGAAAAAUAGAAAUUUGAGCAUCUAUAAUUCAAGGAGGUGGAGGAACUCUGAGGAAGAUUGUGUGAUAUGAUGAUAAGCUCCACAACAGCUACUAAAUGGACCUUGUGGUGUGUUUGUCACCGUAUGCAAACUGUAAUUUUUCACUUAAAAUGCCAAAAAUCAUCAAAACAGUGAAGUAGUUUGUACUUUUUUACAGAAGCUCCAAACCACAUAAAGCAGAUUGUUAAAAAAAAACGUCUGUAAAGAAGGCAGUCCUGAUAUUUUGCUGAUAUUUGGGUGUGAUAAAGCACAAAUUAAAGAUUCCCGCUGCGUUACACACAACACGUCGCUGCAACGUCGCUGCGGUUCGUCCACUUCUUCUCAUGAAGCCACAGGCGGCGUAAGAGCGAGACACACACUCGUACUGUAGAAACUCUCCAACAGUGAAGCAGCUUUACUGAUCAGAGUCACUUCCAAACUGACAGAAACAGUUCUGCAUGUGAGGUCUGAAUUCAGUCAAAAACUGCAGGUAUCAGUAGCGUGUGUGUGUGUGUCUGUGUUUGUGUGUGUAAGAGAGAGAUUGUAAUUUAUGUGUCCAUGAUGAUUGUAUGUGUACAGUUUUCAGUUUGUGUGUUCACUCAGUAGUUCUCCAUCGGUAUCCCCCCAGUGCUCGGACUGCAACACACUAACUCACCUCAGGGAGAAAAAAAAAAAUUUACCUGUGUCACAUCUACACACACACACAUCCACACACACACACACACAUACAGCGCUAAGGUCCUCUGAGGAUACCUCAUCAGUAAAAAAAAAUCUCCACCCUGGAUUUUGUGUCUCGCCUCUCCUUCACUCAGUCUCGUUUUGUUUCAUUGACUCUCGAGGCACCGUGUCUGUCUCUCUCUGUGGAUAUAAAAGUGUGUGAGUAAGGGCUCCACUCUGUCUCUGUACUGUUAUCUCAACCUAGUUUGUUUGUUGUUUUUUUACACAAAGACAUGUCCAUCAAGCCGUCCCACCUCCCUCCACUCGCUCUUCUUCUUCUUCUUCUUCUUCUCCUCUCCGGAGUCUCCUUGUGCUUGUAAAGGCGAAAGCAACGAAUGUUUCCAGCAAACACUUUUUUGUAAUAACUUUAAACAAUAAAGUGUUAAAAGUGA